GCUUGGUAGAGGGUAAACGUGUGCCGGCACCAUGGCGAGCGAAGGUUGUCAAAUCUUCAACCCAGCCGAAAAGGUGGCUAAGAUAUCCCACUGCUCUUCAAUGGAGCAGUACAAACAGAUGUAUGAGAAGUCUGUUAAAGACCCGGAAGCAUUUUGGGGAGAGAUUGCCAAGGAUUUUUAUUUCGAGCAAGGUGUGACAGGCAAGUUCGUUGACUACAAUUUUGACACCACGAACGGAAAGAUUUUCAUUCGGUGGUUAGCAGGCGCCAAGACCAACAUCUGCUACAACUGCCUAGACCGGCAUGUGGCAGCAGGCAAAGGGGAUCAAGUGGCAUUCUACUGGGUAGGCAAUGACCCUGCCGAUGCCGAGGAAGUGACCUACGCUGACCUGCUGAAGGAGGUGUGUCGCCUGGCCAACUACCUGAAGUCCAAGGGCGUGGCCAAGGGCGACCGGGUGGCCAUCUACAUGCCCAUGAUCAAGGAACUGGUGGUGGCCAUGCUCGCUGUGGCCCGCAUCGGCGCGGUCCAUUCCAUUGUGGUGAGUUUUCCCUUUUCUUUUGGACUCUUUGGGCCAUUGGGAGGCUUGGGUAAAGAUGGUUGAGGACAGA